AAGGAUAUUCUACCAAUUUAUGUAUAUACAGUGUGUUGUAUGAAUGAUGGCUUCACUUCAUGACGCGAUAGAGAGAUCGAAAAGGAAGGCGGAUAUCGAAAGCUCAAGCUGCAAAGUUUCAAAGAAAACUCGAGGUCAACAAAAGUCAAUAACCAAUAUGGCGGAACCAUGCCCUGUCCGCAUGACUGCAGAGCCAAACGCACAGUGCAGUAAAGAACUCGUUGACCCAGUGUUGUCACUGUUACACAAAUUAGUGGAUGACCAGAAAAAGCUAAGUGAUAAACUUGAUACUAUGCAGUCAGAUAUGGUUAUUAGAGAGGAGCGAAUAAUGUCUAAAAUCGAAGAAAAACUGGAUAUUACGAAAAAUUUGCUGAAACAGGAUAUUAUCAAGGUAAACAAUGAUUUGCAGUCUCAAAUAGAUGGUAUAUCUCAUGAUGUCAAUAAUUUGAAAGAUUCAAUAAACCUUUGCAAAAUUGUGAUUAAAAACGUUUCUGAAUCUGAUAAUGAAGAUUGUCUUGCCAAGGUCAACGAGUUCGUUAAGGUUGGCCUGAAAUUGACUGAUACUAAAGUUGUUAGUGCCAAAAGGAUUCCAAAGCGACAAGGUUCUCAAUAUCCAGGGAUUAUUGUCGCAGAGGUUCGCGAGUCCGACAGAACGGAGAUCUUCAAACGGAAGCCAGCUCUUAAACAAUCAGCAAUAUACUCGAACAUUUAUGUGAAUGAUUUUAUUUCUAAUGAUGCACAAAAAAUGAACUCUAAUCUUCAAACAGUUUUACGAGCUGUUGGGAAACAGCAGGACUUUAACUUAGUUAACGGUCGAAUUUUACCGAGGAACCCCGCACGAGUGAUUGGCCAGUCAGCAGCAACACCAAGUCAGCAAACCAAUACUAAUGCCCGUAAUAAUACACCCAACAAUGGUCCACAAUAG